CUCCCCUCCAAAUACCCAGCGGCUGCUCUUCUCUCUCGUCCCUCCUCUUCUCUCUCUCCUCCUCCUCUCUCCAAAACCCUAACCCCUCCUCGAUCCAAGCAGCUCGACGGGCUCGGCGGCGCGCCUCUCGCCCGGCGGUGAGCCGAUUCACUCUCCACCCCCGCUUUACCUCGAGACGAUCCCUGGGCGUGUUUUUCUUUGAUUUCUUUCCCCUGGGUUUCUCUGCUGGGGGAUUCGCGUUUGAGCCGCGAGUAGGUCGUUGGGUGGAGUGGAUCGGGAGCCGGGGUCUUUGUCCGAAAAAGGCAUGACCUUGGCCUUCUAAUUGGAAAGGUGUGAAGCAAUUAAGUAUGGCUUCAAGGGCGGUCAUCAGAAGAAGGAAGUAUCUUUUGGAUCAUGUUAACGCACCUACCCUCUCAUUGUCCCCCUUCUCUACCUUCCAACAUGGAAGAUCUGGUUCUGAGGAUGAAUCAAGAAUCGGACAGCGAUUUCUUGAGCAAAGCUCUGGGGAUUCCAAAUGGGAGCAAGGGCAGUAUGGUGUGAAAUUGAUAAAGGGAGAUCUACUAGCCCUUGGUAAUGGGCUUCUGCGGCGCCCAGCCCAUGGGAUUUCUCUACCUGCUUAUGGAAUUGGAAGGAAGGAAUUUGGGUUGCCUAUGGGUGCUAGACAUUUGCUGCAGUCAGUCCGCACAGCCUCAACUGCAACAGCUGGGCAACCUAAGUUGGAUAUUGAAGAUGAACAGAGUGAGGAUCAGAAACAGAACAAAAGGAAAAAGGAGGCAUCCCCAGAAGAAUGUGAUCAGGCUGUGGAAGGCCUAAGCAGUGCAAAAGCUAAAGCCAAAGCUAAGCAGGUACAAGAAUCUGUAAAGGCUGGCCAAUCAAUUGUACGAAAAUUCUGGGCGAGGCUUCUGGGUAUUGGUCCUGCUCUCCGAGCUGUUGCUUCGAUGAGCAGAGCUGAUUGGGCUGCAAAGCUGAAGCACUGGAAGGAUGAAUUUGUGUCAACGCUGCAGCAUUACUGGUUAGGGACAAAGCUACUCUGGGCAGAUGUGAGGAUUUCGUCAAGAUUACUGGUGAAACUUGCUGGUGGAAAGAACCUUUCAAGAAGAGAGAGACAACAACUGACCCGUACAACAGCAGAUAUCUUCAGGCUGGUACCUUUUGCUGUGUUCAUCAUUGUUCCAUUCAUGGAGUUCUUACUUCCAGUGUUCCUCAAGUUAUUUCCAAAUAUGCUUCCCUCAACUUUCCAAGACAAGAUGAAAGAAGAGGAAGCGUUGAAAAGGAAACUGAAAGCAAGAAUGGAGUAUGCCAAGUUUUUGCAAGAUACUGCAAAAGAAAUGGCAAAGGAAGUUCAAACAUCACGUAGUGGAGAAAUAAAACAAACAGCCGAAGAUCUUGAUGAAUUUUUGAACAAGGUUAGGAGAGGUGAACAUGUCUCAAAUGAUGAAAUCUUGAACUUCGCGAAGCUGUUUAAUGAUGAGCUGACUUUGGAUAACAUGAGCAGACCACGCUUGGUAAACAUGUGCAAAUAUAUGGGUAUUCGACCUUUCGGUACUGACCACUACUUGAGGUUCAUGCUUCGCAAAAAACUGCAAGACAUUAAGAAUGACGAUAAGAUGAUUCAAGCUGAGGGUGUUGAGUCUCUCUCUGAAGAGGAACUUCGGCAAGCCUGUCGUGAACGUGGUCACCUAGGUUUGCUGUCAACAGAAGAAAUGCGCCAACAGCUCCGAGAUUGGUUGGAUCUCUCACUUAAUCAUGCUGUGCCAUCCUCUCUUCUCAUACUUUCAAGAGCUUUUACCGUAUCUGGGAAAAUGAAGCCUGAGGAGGCUGUUGUAGCAACCUUAUCUUCUCUACCAGAUGAAGUUGUGGAUACAGUUGGGACCGUAUUGCCAUCUGAAGAUUCGGUUUCUGAGAGGAGGAGAAAACUGGAAUUCCUUGAGAUGCAGGAAGAACUUAUCAAGGAGGAAGAGAAGAAGAAAGAGAAAGAAGAAAAAGCGAAACAAGAGAAAGAAGAAAAGGCCAAACUCAAAGAACCAAAGGCUGCUGAAGAAGAUUUGGCUUUGAAGGAAAUGACUGGUCCUACUGCUAGGGAAGAAGAAGAACUGAGAGAAGCAAAACAGCACGAUAAGGAAAAGCUCUGUAAUUUUAGUCGAGCACUGGCUGUACUGGCAUCCGCAUCGUCUGUUAGCAAGGAGCGUCAAGAGUUCCUCAGCCUUGUCAACAAAGAGAUUGAACUGUAUAACUCUAUGCUUGAAAAGGAGGGUACAGAAGGUGAAGAGGAAGCUAAGAAAGCUUACAUGGCUGCUAGAGAAGAGUCGGACAAGGCUGCUGAGGUUGAUGAAGAAGAAAAGGUCUCAUCGGCGCUGAUUGAGAAGGUUGAUGCUAUGCUCCAGAAAUUAGAAAAGGAGAUUGAUGACGUGGAUGCACAAAUUGGAAACCGAUGGCAAAUUCUUGAUAGGGAUCUUGAUGGCAAGGUGACUCCUGAGGAGGUAGCGUCAGCAGCAGCUUAUCUGAAGGAUACAAUAGGAAAGGAAGGCGUCCAAGAGCUUGUCAGCAACCUCUCUAAAGACAAAGAUGGGAAGAUCCGUGUGGAAGACAUUGUGAAGCUGGCAUCACAAACAGAUGAAAACAAUGAAGAUGAGGAAGAAGGACGGCAGUAGAUGGAAAUGCGUCUGGAAGCUUUUUGGCCUGUUGAGAUUGAUACCGUAUCAUUUCAGUCGAGGCGAAACCUUUCUAGUAUCUCAGCUACUUCAUGGCUGUGUCGUGUGUAAAUCAAAAGCGACGCGGCCAUUUUUUGUGCAUCUCUUCUCUGAGCAGAGUAGCAAACUUUGAUCAGUGGCCCGUGAUUUGCCAGGGAAGCUUGCUGUAAAGAUGUGGACUUUCAUAUAGUUAGGCUCAGCGCUCUAGAUCGGCAGGUAAAUUGCAACCGAAAUUUCAACUGGUUGCUGUGGAAGUGGAAAUACGGAUUGGCUGGAUUUGGAUGCUACCCUCUAGUCACCAUAUUUUAGAUCUAUUUUGAACCCCUGAGUAUCUGUUAAAUGUAUGUUUGGUUCAGUUUAUGACUUUGUCUAUUGUCUAAAAUUACACUGUAAGACGCCCUCCCUGCCGGGACGUGCAAA